AUGGAUUUAUUUAUAAUAUUGUCUUUAGCAUACGUUUUGGUCCAAUGUGAUGGAGACGUGAGAGUUAAUCUAACAGCUGUUGUGGGACGAUCCGUCACUUUUCCAGACUCUGUGAAGGAGAUAGGAUAUAUUUCAUUUGGACCAAAAAUUAUUGCUGCUGUUUCUAAUGGUGCAUUUGAGAUUGAUGAAGACAUUUACACAAACAGACUUCACUGGAACAAAAGCACUGGACUCUUCACUCUCUCAGAUCUGCAGAAAAGUCAUUCUGGAGUUUAUUCCAUCAAAUCCAAAAAAGGGAAUGUGUUUUCAAAAGAUUAUGACCUCAAAGUGUUUGAGGAGGUGUCUGUUCCAGUCGUGUCCUGUGUGAACGUGAGCUCUGACAGUGUCACUCUGCAGUGUUCAGUGAAUCACACAGAGCAGACCACACUGAGCUGGUUCAGAGGAGGUCAGUCUGUGGUCAGCAGCAGCUCUGCAGUGCUGCCCCUCACUGUCCAACAGAGGAACUACACCCACCAGUACAAAUGUGUGUCUCAGAACCCUGUGGGGGAGGAGACUGUUACAGUGAAUAGAACAACAGUCUGUGGACUCAAUGAUAAACAAGCUGGGAUAAAAAGAUCUAUCAUCAUCAUUAUAAUCGCCCCAAUCGUCGUUGUCGUCAUAAUCCUUAUCUUGUGUAUUGUGAAGGGGAAGAACCACCAUUAUUCCAAUCUCAAGGCGUCAACUCCUUCAGGAAAUCCUUCACUCGAGCUAUGGCCGUGUACUGACAACCACUUUGACAACAGCUCAGCACCGUAA